AAGGAGGCUUCUGACAUGGUGCUAGCAGAUGAUAAUUUCAGCACAAUCGUUGCAGCUGUUGGUGAAGGCACAUCCAUCUAUAACAACAUGAAGGCUUUCAUCAGGUACAUGAUCUCUUCCAACAUUGGUGAGGUUGCAUCGAUAUUCUUGACAGCUGCUCUUGGAAUCCCAGAAGGCAUGAUCCCAGUUCAGCUUCUGUGGGUGAAUCUCGUAACAGACGGUCCUCCAGCUACAAUUCUUGGAUUCAAUCCCCCUGAAAAGGAUAUUAUGAAGAAGCCUCCUUGCAGAAGCGAUGACUCGCUAAUCACUCCCUGGAUCCUCUUCUGUUAUAUGGUAUACAAUGACCUUUUUCUCUCACUUGUUCAUCUUCUGAGGAUUAUUUCUUGAUUCUAACUUUUAAUAUGUUAACUUAUCAAACAGGUGAUUGGUAUGUAUGUGGGAGUUGAAACUGUGGGAGUAUUCA